UGUGAUGGCGGUUUGUGAAACCACCUUAUUGUUAUUACGCAGGAUGUAGGAGAUAUUUUAAUGUCAAUGACAUUUGACCGUUGACGGUUGGAUAUAAUAUGUGAACUGCUAAGACAACCGUCUUGAAUCAUAAUGUAAAUAUUGUUUUGUUGUGUUAUAUUAUUAAUAUGAAAUGUUACUGUUGCAAUUUUAGCUGAUAAUAAAGUAAAAUAGAAACUUAAUUUUAGUAAUAUUAAAAUAGUGAAAAUGGGUGACGUUUAUUUUGAUUUAAAAAGGAAACUUGAAGAUCUAGGAUAUACUAAUACAUUGUCAUUGGAUUCGGUGCCUUUAGUUCAAUGUAUUGUUGCUGAUUUACUACAAACUACCCGUAGCUUACAACAUUAUAUGGAUUUAUCCAAAGAGGCCCUAAUGCAACGAGAUGCUCUUAUGAUUGAAGCCGAACCCUAUAAAUGUGAUAAUAUUAAAUUAAUACAGGAAAACAAUCAAUUACAUAAAGAAAUUAUGCUUGUUAAAGAGGAGCAUCUAAAAAUAACAAAAGAAAGCCGACGUAAAAUCAAAAAUCUUACUGAUGAAUUAUCAAAAAAGGAAGCAUUGAUAAGUAAAUUACAACAUGAUAUAAGAGAUCUCAGUUUAAGAGGGUUAUGUGCGGAAACACAGAGCAGCCGUAAUAAGAGCAAAAGAAAAGAUGGAGGUGACUGUUUAACAUCCAAAGUUUGCAUAUGUCAUGAUACAAACACUUAUGAAAAAGAUGCCAUGGAAAAGAAUAGAACUAUACAGUCACUGGAGGAAAAACUAGCUGAGUAUAGUGACGAAAUAACUCUUCUUCAAAACCAAGUUGAACAGAGAGAUAAUGAAAUAGUUAGACUGAGUAUACUUUUAGAUGGAGGCAGACCUGUUACAGCUGUGAGUAAAGACUUUUACAAUGAACAACCUAACAUUAAACUACAAAAUCUAACAAAGCAAAUGAAAGAAUUGGAGAGAGCCAACGAAUCACUGAAGAAAGAAGUAGCUAGUAGUCUUGAGAAACAACACGAAGCUAUGCUCCGUGCUCUGUCUCUAGCAGAUAAGAAUAAAAAGCUUCAAGAGGAAGUGCAGCAAGUGGAUAAAUUAGCAUUAAAACUUGAAGAUGACUGUAAUAAAAGAUUAGCGUCCAUGAUGAAUGAGAUGAAUUUCCUGCAAACAAGAUUAGAUGGUUUGAGUAUGAAAAAUUCAGAAUUAGAAAAGGAGGCAUCACAGAGAUAUUCAAAAGAUAGUUCCACCCAUACCCAAAAACUCCAAGAGAACUUAGCCGCUGCUUUGAUGGAGAAAGAGGUUCUACAUAAAGAAAUUAAAGAUCUAGUAGAUCUCAAUAAGAGCUUACAAGAAAAAAUUGUGUCACUAACAGAGGUCAAUAGAAACUUUAAUAGCAAUGUUACACCAGAAAUUGUUAAAGACACUCCCCAUCUAGUGAAGGAAGAAUUAAAAGAAUUAUUACAAGAAGAAAGAAGGAAAUAUGAAACUUAUAUUGUAAGUCUUGAAGAAAAAUUAUCUGAAACCAUAAAUCUUUUCAACAAACAUGCCUCUAGAGAAAAGGAUUUAAUUCCAGCAUCGUCGAGCUUGUCUUGCGAUAACAGCUUCAUAAGAGAUCUACAUAACAAAUUAUGUAAAAGCGAGCAACAGAUUCUAAUGUUGAAGAAGGAAAAUGACGAAUUACAGACAAAAAUAUAUAACACAGAAGAGGGUAGCAAACAUAAUUAUAAAGACAUAAUAAAACAAUUGAAUGACGAAAAUACAGAGCUAUCAAAAGAAAAUAUAUCUCUCAGUAGACAAGUUAGUCAAUACAAGUCUCUGAACACUAAUGAUAGGGGUGAUUACUGUAGGAAAGAUUUACAAAAACUUAAUGAAAAAAUUGACGAUAUGUCGAGAGAAAUCCAGGUGUUAAAGAAAGAUAAACAGGAAUACCACAUGAGGUACAAGGAAGCCAUGGAGCUGGCUGAUAAGUUAAAAAGAGAUUUAGCAUAUAAGGUCAAAGAAAUGGAACAUUUAGAAGAAGAAAAUUGUUCAUACAAAAUGAGCCAUAGGACCGGACAAGCGUCUGCCGAUCAUUUAAAAGAAGAGUGUAAUUAUUUAAGAGAGCAGAUGAAAAAGAUGCAAUCUGAUUACAUCAAAGAGAAGACAUUAGCAAACCAAAUAAAAAAUAUACAACUCGAAACGGAAAGAAGCAGUGCGGAGGCACAUAACGAAUUAUUGUCACUACAAAAGAAACUCAGCUUACUGAAAGACAGCAACGAAACUUUGGAAAAUAAAUGCAGAGAUUUACAGUCUGAAAUUAUAAAACUGAGAAAUGACAAUAUGAAUUUAUUAGAUAAUAUCAAAUUAAUAGAUAAAGAAAGGGACAAACUAGUCAUUGAGUUAGAUCAGAAAACUGAAAAUAUAAGUGUUUUAGAACAGAAACUUAAUUCACAGUCAUAUGAGUUAAGUAAACUCGAAAAUGAAUUGAGUGACGCAAAGAGAAAACUUAAUAUGAACAAAGUAAGCGAACACAAAGUAGUGGACUAUGAAUCACAAAUAACUUUCCUUAAUGGUGAAAUAUUAAGGCUGACACAGCAGCUGGAUACAUCGGUGAUGGAAAAUAAACAUUUACAAAAUAGUUUAGCCGAUGCUAAUGGACAUUUGAAAAUAACGAGAAUUGAACUAGAAAAAUCUAAAAAGGACGUCGACGGCCUCAAACAGCAAUUGCAACAUUACGUAGCUGAAAUUAGAAGAAUUGAGGAGCUUUUAUCUCAAAAGGAAGCCGAAAGAUCAGAUAUGUUAGAACACUUUGCUAGUUUAUCUGUCGAAGCUAACAUUUUAGAAAACACAAAUCACUCAUUGGAGAGCGAGUCCGCGUCUAAAUCAAUGCAACUUCAGUCAUAUGUUAGUAAAAUUCAAAAUUUAGAAGAGAAACUUGUGGACAAAGAACACAUUAUUGACAGUCAGUCAGCUAGAAUAGCAGCUAUGACCUGCAAGAUUAGUUCAUUAGAAAAUGAAAUAAAACUGAUGACAGAAGAGAAGAAUAUCCUGGAGCAAAAUAUUAGCUGCCUUAAACAAAUGUGCAACAAUCUACAAAGCAACAAGAUGCCUAAAAGUGACGAUAAUUCAGAAAUUAAGUUAUAUGAAAAUAGAAUACGAAAUCUGUCUAGUGUUAAAACUCAAUUGGAAUCUGAGAAGGAGGACUUAAAGGAGAAGUUGCGGACAACCGAAAGAUUACUAUCCAACACGAGAAGGGAGUGCAUAGAGUUGAAAUUAGCUUUACAAGAUGCUACGUCGGAAACAAAAUCUCUUCAAGAACAUGUCAGCAGACUUAGGACAGCGGAUGACGAACAGAAUGUAUUAGCCACCGCCGAGUUGAAUCUCAACCUGCCUUUAAUGUUGGAAGAAACGAUACACGAGCUCAGCCAUGAAGACGAGUACAGUGAUAGAUGUAAUUCAAACUUAAAUAAAAGUUUCACAAAGUAUACUCACAGCAGCACUUUAUAGUCAGAAUAUUUUAGAAUAACUUUUCUUAUAUCUUAAAUAACUGACUUACUAGGUUAUAGAACAAAACUUAUCAAUAAAAUCAUUGAUAGUAUUUUCUCUAAUAAAGCAUUUGUGUAUAUAUUCAUGUAUAAAGUUACUAUUCAAAAUGUUAUUUAAAUUUAAUAUAAAAAAAAUAAUAUUUUAAAAUUGAUUCCUGUCUCAUUGUGAAAUAUGUACAAAGGAGUUUUAAUUUAUUACUUUAAUGAAAAGAUUGUAACCAUUAAUGGAUUAAUUUAAACAAAAUUUUUAUUUUGAAUUUAUAUUUCAAAAUGUCUAUAUAUAUGAAAACCGGACUUUUAUUUAUAUUUACUCUGUAAUUUAACUAUAUGAUCAGUUUUUUUUUUUUACAAAUACAAUCUUCAUAAAAUAACAGAAACAUUGCCAGUUUAUAAUUAAUGCUGUUGACAAUUAUACAUACUAAAUUGAUAAACAAAGCGAGAAAUAUUGCGACGGCAACCUCAUGUACAUUUAUAAGUACUAAAAUAAAAAUUAACGAAAAUACCACAGACAUAUACAUUUUUCUAUAUAAGUUUUACAACUAUUUACAUCAUUGCACUUACAUUAAAGCUACAUCUCAUAUAAAUAUAUAUAUAGUUAUUUAUGACUUGAGUUUGUCGGUGGGUUUCAACUAAAUCAGUGUGAAUUGAUGCCACAAAUAAUUUUGUAUAUAUCAUAUUUAUAUAAAGAAUUUUACAUAUGAAAAUCAAAUUAUUGACUUAUGAGGUACAUAGCAAGUAAAACAUGUAUUGUUAUAGGGUUAAAAAUGUAUAACAGACCAUUAUCUUUGAUUUUAUGCUUUUUACUUAGGCAACAUAAAACUUUAUAAGACA